UACCAGAGUGCCCAGCUGCCUAGGUACUCGGGGUUCCGGUUAUCCAUUCAACUUUCGUCCGUAUAGUAUGCGUAUCCCUUACAGUGCUUAGUAGCUGCCAGAAGCCACGAUGCACGUCACAUGCACUCAUCUGCCACUCGCUUCCACUCUUUCACACGCAUCUCCGCCUCUGACCGUCUCAUUACGACACGGUCCAGGCUCAUCGCACACUCAUCCUCAAUGGCAGAUCCAAAUCCCCGAUUACAAACACUGCUGCCAGCGUCUUGCUGUAGGGCGCGCGGGAUUGGUGGAGUCGUCGGCUUUGUCAUGUGUGCUGAAAAAUGCCAUCUGACAAAGCCGCUAAUUAGCAAGCCUUGCAUGAACCGCUAGACUCCCAAACACAUUACUGUUCCU